AUGUUAAAAGCAAUAAUUUUAGUUGGGGGUCCUUUAAAAGGGACUAGAUUUAGACCAUUGUCUUUGGAUAUUGCAAAACCUCUUUUUUCUGUAGCAGGUUUUCCAAUAAUUCAACAUCACAUUGAAGCUUGCUUGUCAUUAAGUAAUUUAAAAGAAAUAAUAAUUCUAGGCUAUUAUCCCGCCAAUGAAUUUUCAACUUUUAUACAAGAAAUGGUUCAAGAAUAUAAAAUCAACAUCAGGUAUUUGCAAGAAUUCACUCCUUUAGGAACAGCUGGAGGAUUGUAUCAUUUCAGAGAUCAAAUUAAAAUUGGAAACCCUAAAGCUUUUUUCGUAUUAAAUGGAGAUGUUUGUAUGAAUUUCCCACUUCAAGAGCUUCUUGAUGCACAUCAAUUGCAUGAGGAUGCUUUGGGAACAAUAGUUGUAACAGAAGCGACAAGACAGCAGUCUUUAAAUUAUGGUUGUGUAGUUUUAAAUAAAAACACAUCAGAAGUGGCACAUUAUGUUGAAAAACCAGAAACUUUUGUAUCACCAUUGAUCAAUUGUGGUGUUUAUAUUUUUUCAGUUGAUAUAUUUCAAACAAUGAAAGAAAUAUUUGAUAAAAAACAAACUAGUUUUUGCAGUAAUUUAAGCAAUGGGAACGGAAAUGAAUCAUCACUUAUUAAUUUAGAAAAAGAAAUUCUUCUUCCAAUGGCUGGCAUUGGUAAACUAUUUGCUUACAAAACUGUAAAAUGGUGGUCUCAAUUAAAAACAGCAGGGAGUGCAAUAUAUGCCAACAGGCAUUAUUUAUCGCUUUAUCAACAGAGCACACCUGAAAGGUUGGCUGAAAAUGUAAAUGGCCAAUGCACAAUUAUUGGAGAUGUAUUUAUUCACCCGACUGCUACUGUUGAUCAAUCAGCAGUUUUGGGACCGAAUGUUAGCAUUGGUAAAAAUGCUGUUGUGGGACCGGGAGUCAGAAUCAGAGAAAGUAUUAUUCUGUCUGGUGCUUGCCUUCAAGAACAUUGUCUUAUUUUAUACAGCAUUAUCGGAUGUUUCAGUCAAAUUGGAAAAUGGGCAAGAGUUGAGGGAACACCCUGUGAUCCUAACCCUAAUAAGCCAUUUGCUAAAAUGGACAACCCACCACUUUUCAAUAAUGACGGACGUCUUAAUCCUUCUAUAACUGUAUUAGGUUGUAAUGUUACUAUAUCGUCAGAAAUAAUUGUUUUAAAUUCCAUCGUAUUACCUCACAAGGAACUAACGAGAAAUUUCAAAAACGAAAUAAUUCUUUAA